AUGUCCGAAUCUCCACCGCCCCCUUCAUGGAGCUUCGGCACCAUGGCCAACAACGCCGCACAAUUCUUACGUCUGCCAGUCCUGGCUUCAACUGGCCUGGCUGUAGUCGCCAGUGGAAUCCUAUAUUUCAAGCAGAAUGAGAUCGUUUACCCCCGCAAUAUUCCUGCGGAUGCGCGGACCAACGUGCCCAGUCCUCGUCAAUUCAAUAUCAAAGACUUUGAAGAUCUGCAGAUCCCGACCCCGGACGGAGAAUCGCUCCAUGCCUUCUUGUUGCGGCCACCUAAGACACGGUUCCGCCGCAACCUUACUGUGAUAAUGUUCCACGGAAAUGCAGGAAACAUUGGCCAUAGAGUUCCUAUCGCAAAGGCUCUUAUGGAUACCCUUCAGUGUAAUGUUUUCUUGCUGGAAUACCGGGGUUAUGGAUUGUCAACUGGUGUGCCUGAAGAGGCCGGUUUGAAGGUUGACGCUCAGACGGGGUUGGACUAUUUGCGACAACGUUCAGAAACCUGCGAUACUAAGUUGGUUGUCUAUGGUCAGAGCCUUGGUGGUGCUGUGGCUAUUAACCUGGUUGCCACCAACCAGGAGCAGGGUGAUAUUGCCGGCCUGAUCUUGGAGAACACCUUCCUAAGCAUUCGGAAAAUGAUUCCUUCUGUUUUCCCUCCUGCUCGGUAUAUCGCACGCCUAUGCCAUCAAUAUUGGACCAGUGAGGAGGUGAUACCUAAGAUCACCGAGGUGCCCAUUCUCUUCUUGAGUGGAUUGAAGGAUGACCUUGUGCCUCCAUCCCAUAUGACUCAAUUGUUCUCUGUCAGCAACACCAAGCGCAAGAUAUGGCGCACACUCCCUGGAGGAGGCCACAAUGACAGCGUCGCCGAAGAUGGCUACUUUGACCACAUUCACUCCUUCGUCUCUGAAGAAGUUGAUGACUGA